UUUUUAAACUUCCCUCCGGCCUCCCUCUUCCUCUCUCCCCUUCUUUCCCUCUCUGUUCGUGCACCCAAGUCCUGUCUGCGUCGCCUCGCGCGUCCGCACCUCGCGUCCCCGCUUGCUCCCAUUCCGCGACUCCUUGGCGGCCGCUGCGCAUGGAGAGCUCUGCCAAGAUGGAGAGCGGCGGCGCCGGCCAGCAGCCCCAGCCGCAGCCCCAGCAGCCCUUCCUGCCGCCCGCAGCCUGCUUCUUUGCCACGGCAGCGGCGGCGGCGGCGGCGGCAGCGGCGGCGGCGGCGCAGAGCGCGCAGCAGCAGCAGCAGCAGCAGCAGCAGCAGCAACCCGCGCCGCAUCUGAGCCCGGCGGCCGACGGCCAGCCCUCAGGGGGCGGUCACAAGUCAGCGUCCAAGCAAGUCAAGCGACAGCGCUCGUCCUCGCCCGAACUGAUGCGCUGCAAACGCCGGCUCAACUUCAGCGGCUUCGGCUACAGCCUGCCGCAGCAGCAGCCGGCCGCCGUGGCGCGCCGCAACGAGCGCGAGCGCAACCGCGUCAAGCUGGUCAACCUGGGCUUUGCCACCCUUCGGGAACACGUCCCCAACGGCGCCGCCAACAAGAAGAUGAGCAAGGUGGAGACGCUGCGCUCCGCGGUCGAGUACAUACGCGCACUGCAGCAGCUGCUGGACGAGCACGACGCGGUGAGCGCCGCCUUCCAGGCUGGCGUCCUGUCGCCCACCAUCUCCCCCAACUACUCCAACGACUUGAACUCCAUGGCCGGCUCGCCGGUCUCCUCCUACUCGUCAGACGAGGGCUCUUACGACCCACUCAGCCCCGAGGAACAAGAGCUGCUCGACUUCACCAACUGGUUCUGAGGGGCUCGGCCUGGUCAGGCCCUGAUGCGAACGGACUUUGGAAGCAGUUAUAGGGUGACCGCACAACCUGCAUCUUUAGUGCUUUGUCAGCGAUGUUGAAGGGAGAAAAAAGGA